UAGGCUCCGAACAGUUGGGAUUCUGACCUGGACAAACAGUUAUUGUGAGUUGGUGAGUGUGUCAGUGAGAGUAAUACAUUUUAUUUUAAUUUAUGUUCUUACAUUCUGUAAUUCUGUUGUGUUGUUCACUGAUUUCUCCUAAUCGAGAGCAGCACUCGAAUCGAGCAGUUUCCCGUUUUCUUCACGUCGAAGUGCGAAGUGCGACUGGAGUGGAUUUGCUGUCUGAUUUCUGAAUAAGUUUAAAAAACUCCUCAAAAAGCAGGUUUAGUGACGAAUCCCCCCGCCGCUAUACUCAUCGUAAUGGAUUUACAUACUUUUAGUACGUGUCUAAAUUAGGCACUGAUACGUUUCCGACUUGAUGUAGCUAAAAUAAUAAUUAGAGCAAACUGAAACUCGCAGUCUCCCUGAAAUAUUUCGUCAUUUCAACCUUCCACAAUAUUUCCGACAUAAUGCCGCUGACCCUGCCGGACUAUUCAAUUUCAGUUCAAUUCAGUUUAUUUUUAUAGAGCGCUUUCCUCACGCAGUAACACAGCCAUAAGGCAAAAAACAAACACUUCAGAACAAAGAAACAGAAACGGUAGACUACAGACUAAGAUUACACUAGACUACAUUUCCCAGCAUGCCUGCGGCAGUAGCGUUAGAGGCCGUACGGGCCCUCUGCCUCAUGACCUCUGACCCGUGACUGAAAAUAAUCCCAUCAGCUGAUGUGACCUGGCAACAACAUAGUGGGAGAUCUCUGAGGGAGGGGAUCCUUCGGCGACGAACGCCUUUCAUGUAUGAAACAGCACUUUAUUGACAGCAGCUCGGCUGGCUCUGCGCACACGGACGCUGCGGUGUGUUUGUAGCUUGUCUCGUCUGUGUUAUGUGUGUGUGCGCGCGCGCUGUGUUAGCGUGCCGGUAGCUAGCCUAGCCUGCUGCACCGCCGAGUCUGUUGUUUUUGUUGUCUUAACACUGAGUCCCGGAGUCUUUGUUGACACAUUACUUGAAAAACAGGGUUCCCUCUCUCACAGACCGACGGUGGUCAGUAAUCACCGAUAGCGUUCAAUGGACGCAUCAGGAAGGAAGGGUGGUGUGUGUUUUCUUUUUUUUUAGCAGAUGAUGAUGCUGAAGGCGCCUGCCAGCCGUUGUUGGUUGUGUAUUCAGGCACAUCAUCUCUCAUAGAAAAGAGGGCGAAGCAGAAACGGAGAGGGAACCAAAAGCUUAAUUUCUCGCUGAGUGUCUGACUUCACAAGAAGAAGAAGCCUUAACACGCACGUCUCCAUGGAAACGGGCGAACGGGUCGCGUGAUCGCUGGCGAGGCGCAGCGAGUCGUCGUUUUUCUCCCUCUCCCACAAGUUGUACGUUUCUGGUUUGUGCAGGGAGUUGAGUUGACAGCAAACAGUCAUACAGCGAUUUGACACAGACGUGGAGUCGUUCGCUUAGUCACCUGAAACACUUGUCGAAGACGAGGAGCUUCCAUCAUGUUUCCAUCAAGACACACUCUUCCUUCUCCUUCUAUGCUGGCUUUUCAGUGCUGAACAAAGUUCCCCUAAAGUCCAGGAGUCAGGUUUCAGGGAUGUAAAAUUAUGGUAAAACUCAUGUCGUCUUAUUGAGGAACCCUGCCAGAUCGAGGCCUCGAAAAAUUCCGGAUUCAGUCCUCAACACGAUCAUGCAUAUUGAACAAUAGUGUUUUAAGGGCAGCGCUGCAUGCACCUGCGGAGAAGAGACGGUUUGAAGAAGUGCUUAAGAUCUGCGUUUCGCAUGUGUAACGGAAGCGGAUGCGUUAGUUGAACGUGAGCUUUGCAGUCGAGGCCCGAAAACGAGCAGCUAUGAGCGGCCAGGGUGUGAGUGCCAACGCCAGCCUCGUGUGCCAGGAGAGCUACGCGUGCGGGGGCUCCGAGGAGGCCGUGUUCGAGUGCGACGAAUGCGGCAGCUUGCAGUGUGCCCGCUGUGAGCUGGAGCUCCACCGGCAGGAGCGCCUCAAGAACCAUGAGCGCACGCACAUCAGGCCGGGCCACGUGCCCUUCUGCGACACCUGCAAGGGCAACGGCGGGCGGCACCGCGCUCUCGUGCGCUGCCAGGGCUGCAAGAUCAACUUGUGCCUGGAUUGCCAGAAACGGACCCACAGCGGAGUGAACAAAAGAAAGCACCCGUUGACGGUGUAUCCCCCGCCCAAAGCUGCAGAGACGAGCCUGAGCAUCGAUGAGUCUGAGGCCCAGAAAGCGAGACUGCUGGAGAAAGUCAGGAGCUUCUUAGUGGUGGACGAAAAAGAGGAAAUGCAGGUGACGGACGAAAAUGAGUUUGUGAAGAAGCUGGACUGCCUGCCCGACCAACUCCUCAAGGUGGUCUCCAUUUUUGGCAAUACGGGAGAGGGAAAGUCCCACACCCUCAACCACACCUUCUUUCAGGGACGGGAGGUGUUCAAGACCUCGCCCACCCAAGAGUCGUGCACGGUGGGUGUUUGGGCCGCACUCGACCCGAUCCACAGUGUGGUGGUCAUCGACACAGAGGGUCUGCUGGGGGCCAGCUCCAACCAAGGCCAGCGCACGCGCCUCCUACUCAAGGUGCUGGCCAUCUCUGAUGUGGUCAUCUACCGCACACACGCUGACCGCCUGCAUGAUGACCUCUUCAAGUUUCUGGGUGACGCCUCAGAUGCGUACCUGAAACAUUUCACAAAGGAGCUGAAGGCCACAACCACACGCUGCGGACUGGACGUACCACUGUCUACACUGGGCCCAGCCGUCAUCAUCUUCCACGAGACUGUCCAUACCAAACUGCUGGGCUCAGACAAGCCUGGGGAGACGGCAGAGCGGCUGCUGCAGGAGCGCUUCCGAAAGCUUGGCCGCUUCCCAGAGGCCUUUAGCUCGGUGCAGUACCGGGGGACACGCACCUACAACCCACCCACUGACUUCAGCGGCCUGCUGCGCACCUUGGAGCAGCAGCUGGACAACAACACCACACGUUCCCCUCGCUCACCCCUGGUCAUCUACAAGGCCCUGCAGGCCUUGAGUGUGCGUUUCAAUGGCGAGAUCCCGGAUGAGCACGUUCCACACAGCUCCUUCUUCCCUGACGAGUACUUCACCUGCUCCAGCCUCUGUCUGAGCUGCGGGUCCGGCUGCCGGAACAGCAUGAACCACCUGCGGGAGGGGGUGUCCCACGAGGCCAAGCAUCGCUGCCGCUACUCGGCUCACUACGACAACCGCAUCUACACCUGCAAGGCAUGCUACGAGGGAGGGAAGGAAGUGAUUGUGGUACCCAAGACAUCAGCAUCUUCCGACUCACCCUGGCUGGGCCUGGCCCGAUAUGCCUGGUCUGGGUACGUGAUCGAGUGUCCGAACUGCGGGGUGAUCUAUCGGAGCCGGCAGUACUGGUAUGGAAACCAGGAUCCCGUGGACACAGUGGUCCGCACUGAAAUUCAACACGUUUGGCCAGGGUCUGACGGCUUUCUGAAGGACAACAGCAACGCGGCCCAGCGGCUCCUCGACGGGGUCAACUUCAUGGCACAGUCGGUGUCCGAGCUCAGCGUUAAGCCUGCCAAGGCUGUCACUUCCUGGCUGACAGACCAGAUUGCCCCGGCCUACUGGAAACCUAAUUCCCUCAUCCUGACAUGCCACAAGUGCAGAGAGGUCUUCCAGGACAACGACACCAAGCACCACUGCCGCGCCUGCGGAGAGGGCUUCUGUGACGAUUGCUCCUCCAAGACCCGCCCUGUGCCGGAGAGGGGCUGGGGCCUGGUGCCCGUGCGGGUCUGCGAUGCCUGCUUUGAGCAAAGAGGGAUUCGACCAGACCUGCUGGAUCAGGACUUGGAAGAUGAGGAAGGUGGAACACUAAUUGCCAGGAAGGUUGGAGAAGCUGUGCAGAACACAUUGGGAGCUGUGGUUACAGCUAUAGACAUCCCUCUUGGCCUGGUGAAGGAUGCAGCCCGUCCUGCCUACUGGGUCCCUGAUCAAGACAUCCUGUCCUGCCACCACUGCCAACGCGAGUUCACUUCCAAGCUGUCCAAGCAUCACUGCCGAGCCUGCGGUCAGGGUGUGUGCGACGACUGUUCCCCUGAGCGUCGACCCGUGCCCUCCCGUGGCUGGGACCACCCCGUCCGUGUCUGUACUGACUGUAAUCAGAAACCAGGGGAUCUCUAGCAGAGUGGAACAGGUGCCACCCCAUACCACCCCCCGCCACAAACAC